UGGCGUAGCAAUACGUCAGCUCUGCCAGCGUGGAAUACGGAGCGCCAGUCCAGGAAGUUAACAUUUACAGGAGUUAGCUGUUCAGCCGUCAAUAUAAUAAUAUCCCCACGUCCAUACAGACUGGAUAGGCGGCGUAUCCUUUUCCCAAGCUUUUCAACUGUCUGAAGGCACCGCGUCACAAGAUGAUGGUCGACCCCACACUCGCUGAAAUGGGCAAGAACCUCAACGAGGCCAUGAAGAUCUUGGAGGAUGGCCGAAAUGCAUCAGAUCCGGAUGCAGAUAGACGACAGUUCAGCAGGAGUAGUAUCCCUGGACCCCUACAGGGAGAUGGGCAGGAUGUGGCCAGUAUACUCCAGCUGGUCCAGAAUCUCAUGCAUGAAGAUGAGGAGGAAGACAAGCCAAGCCAUCGGAUGCAGAAUGUCGGAGAGCAGGGUCACAUGGCGUUGCUAGGACACAGCCUAGCAGCCUACAUCUCAGUGCUGGACAGGGAGAGACUCAGGAAGCUGAUCACACGCAUCGCGUCUGACACAACACUCUGGCUCUGCAGACUCUUCAGGUAUGAGAGUGGCUCAGCAUACUACCAUGAAGAUGACAGAGAGGGCCUGCUGAAGGUGUGUCGCCUGGUCCUCAACACCCGCUAUGAGGACUACUCCACAGAGGGCUACACCGUGCUCAACUCCAGACAGCCUGUCAUUUACCAGAGUGCCACCUGCAGGCCUGGCCUGGGACAGCACCUCUGCAGCCAACUGGGUCUGCCUCUGUCCAGCCUGUGUACUGUCCCCUGUAACACCAUGUUUGGAUCCCAGCACCAAAUGGACAUUGCCUUGCUGGACAAGCUGAUCAGAGAGGAUGUGGAGACUGGGAAGCUUCCAUUGCUGUUGAUCGCCAACGCUGGCACCCCUGGGGCGGGACACACAGACAAGCUGGGCCGUCUAAAGGAGCUGUGUGAACAGUAUGGCAUGUGGCUCCACAUAGAAGGGGUCAACUUGGCCACUCUGGCUCUGUGGGAGGUCUCAUCCCCCGUUAUGGCAGCCACCAGGAGUGACAGUAUGACCCUGACCCUGGGUCCGUGGCUGGGCCUGCCUGCUGUCCCAGCUGUCACCCUCUACAGACACGAGGACCCAGCCCUGUCUCUGGCAGCUGGUUUGACCUCCAGUCAGCCAGUAGAGAAGCUGCGUGCCCUGCCUCUCUGGCUCUCCCUGCAGUACCUGGGCCAGGAUGGGAUAGUGGAGAAGAUUAGACACGCUGUAGAGCUCAGCCAACAACUUCUGGAGAAACUGAAGACUCUGGCUUCCAUAAAGACUUCAGUGGAGGAUGAGCUCAACUCUCCAGUAGUAGUGUUUAGGUUCUCCCAGGAGACCAGUGCAGAAUCCAGUGGUGGUUCUGUGGAGGGCUACUUUGCUGGAGAGAGAGAAGUGCUAGAUUCCCUCAACAGAUGGCUGUGUGAGCGGUUGGCACAGCUGGUGCCCGCCAGCGGGGUAGACAUAGUGGAGUUGGAGGACGAGGGCACCUGUGUCCGCUUCACCCCUCUUAUGACCGCCGCAGCCCUGGGGACCCAGAGGUGUGACGUGGAUCUGCUGGUGGAGCGGUUGAUUGAGCUGGUUCCUGUGCUGAACUGUACGCUGCGUCUCAGACUGGACUUCAGAGAGGAGGUGUACCGCCACUCUGCCCUCAGUUACAUAGAGGACCUCAACUGGCCUGGCCUGGGAGCCGUCAGGUAUGAGCCGAGGGUUGAGGAGCUGAAUGACAGUAAAGAAAUGGAGGUGGAGAAGAUCAACAGUGAGCUGCUGGUGAAACUAGGGGAACUGGAUGCAGACCUCAUCUUCUCCACCGGCCUGGAGUUCGGACCUGAGAAGGACUGCAUAUUUAUUGGCAUGGCAACGGAGGACCUAGACGUGGCAGAGCUAGUGGAUACGAUAGCCGCCCUGGGGAGGGACAUAGAGGAGAACGGCAGGCUAUUAGAGAACAUGACAGAGGUGGUGAGGAAAGGCAUCCAGGAGGCAGAGCUCCAGCUCCAGAAAGACAACCAGGACAAACUCAUGGAGGAGGGUGUGUUGAGACAGAUUCCUCUGGUCGGCUCCGUGUUGAACUGGUUCUCUCCGUUCCAGAGCACUGUGAAGGGCAGAACCUUUAACCUGGCUGCAGGUUCCCUGGACUCCACAGAACCCACCUACUCCAUGAAGGCCCAGACAGGUGGGCUGGCGUCGCCAGAAACCCCUACCUCCUCUGCCAAGAGACUGCCAGGACAGAGGCUGUUCCGGCGCGAGGGUGCGGGGGGCUCUGACUCCCACAGUGAGACCAGCUCCGUGGGCCAGGCUGAGGAUUUCUCCAGGGAGAGGUUCCCACAACCCACCCCACCGUCCCCUGUCCCAGACGAGGCGGUUUCCGUGGUCCCUGAGAGCCCAGAGACCCCCCAGGUGCCGGCUGAACCCGAGCCCACGCAGGAGAACGGUGAGGUUGGUACACAAGAGGAGGAGAGACAGCCUGAUGGCCAGGACGCACCAGUGGAGGAGACAGGCAGAUAGGACAGCCCUCAGAGCAGGGUUAUUUGAAACCAGCUCUGAAAGGUUCCAGGCCAGUCCAGCAGGUGUUGCAGAGCAGGGAUUCAUUCCGUUCUCAAAUAAUUCUUCCUUGCCUCUUUUCUUGACAACUGUCUCCUUAUAGAUCUAAAGGGACUGGAAACUGUGAUGAGAGAUAAUUAGACAGCAAAGGCAUCACUUAGCCUACCAGAAGGGUAGGGAGUGCUUUUGUCAUUGUAUCUCUACUUUAUUCUUUCUUUCCAGUCCCUUGAUGACUGGGAGAGGUCAAGGACAAAGGGAAGGAACCAGGUUUUCAGAAUGGAAUCCAGCCUUAGUCUCUUUGUGUCUGACUGUCUGAGGACUCGAUCAUUGUGGGUUAAUAAAUAACUAUCUAGGAGUAGGACCUAAGAAUUCUGGUCAAGCAGGAACUACACCUGAGGCAGGGAGUCAAAGGUGAAGGGUCGUCUGAGGACUUCCUGGUUCAUGGCCUCCACUACUUCAGUCGGUCUUGUCAUGGCCCGGAGGUAAAACAGCUUAUAUGCAAGCCAAGUAACAUGUGACUAACACUGGAAAUAAAACCAUUUUAUUUUGUA